GGAGCGUGGGAGCCUCGCAAUGGUUCCGGUUUCCCGUCAGGAGUGCGGGUCGGGCGUAGCCAUGUGCUAUUUCUGGCAGGGGUGGCGGGAGGCUUUCUAAGAUCACCAGUCUCGGAGCGGAAGGUGGGACCUGGCCGGUCUGAGAGUCAUGCCCUCCGAGGCUGGGCUGCGGAGAGGAGCGGUCGGCUCAGAUCUGUCCUGAAGUCAGUGUAGCCACUUGAGGAAGGCACUCCCACCCCACGGGGAUGGCGUCCGCGCUCCCAGCAACCGGGGCCCAGGGGCCAUUGCUGUUUGAGGACCUGGCUGUAUAUUUUUCUCAAGAGGAGUGUGUGAGUUUGUACCCUGCCCAGAGGUCCCUCAGCAGAGACACUACACUGGAGUGUUUCGAGGACAUGGCCUUGAUGGGAGGGGAAGGCAAGACUGAGAUUCCACAGCAGUUAAAUCUAGAGUCUACGGGAUUUGAAGAACUUUCCCCAGAAAACUCCAUCGCUGUGCCCCUUGUCUAUUACCCAGAAAAAUCUGAAACUGGAGUUGGAGACCCAGAAAGAAAAGUAUCAGGUGGAGCUCCUGCUUGCAAGAAGAGGUUUAGAAGCCUAUUAGUUACCAUUGAAAACCAAACCCCAUUACUAGAACUAUCUCAAUGUUUAGGAACCAAAGCACUUUCUGAAAUUCUUGAAUUUCCCGGGGAAGAAGCCAAAAAUUUGUACAAGUGUCCUGAAUGUGAUGAAAGCUUCAGUGAUAAUUCAUACCUUGUUUUGCAUCAGCAAACUCAUUCAGGGGAGAAAAAACAUAAAUGUGGUGACUGUGGGAAAAUUUUCAAUCAUAGAGCCAACCUGAGGACACACAGGAGAAUCCAUACUGGCGAGAAGCCCUAUAAAUGUGCUGAGUGUGGCAGCAGCUUCCGCCAGCACUCACAUUUGUCUCGGCACAUGAAUGUCCACGUAAAGGAGAAACCCUACACAUGUGGCAUUUGUGGGAGAGGUUUUUUGUGGCUCCUAGGAUUGUCACAGCAUCAGAAAAUCCACACUACUAAAAAAGCCUGUGAAUGUACUGACUGCAGUAAAUAUGGUCAGAAAACAAAUAUUGCUCUGCAUGAGAAAACACACACAUUAGCCACCCAGUACGACUGCGCUCAGUGUGUGAAGUGCUUUGGGAAGCCCUCGCAUCUUAUCCUUCCUGAGCAGGGACAUGAAGAUGACUCUGAACACUGCAGCGACUGUGGGGAAAAUAUGCUUUUGUUCUCAAAAUUCAAACCCUUAAAAUGUCCUGAGUGUACGAUGACCUUCCUUCGUGUCUCUGAGCUAAUUUCCCAUCAGAGCAUUCAUAGAGGGGAAAAACCCCACAAAUGCAAAACAUGUGCAAAAAGUUUUAUUUUGGAUUCAGAGCUUGCUUGCCACCAGAAGAGCCACACAGGAGAGGAACCUUUUAAAUGUACCAUGUGUGGGAAAAGUUUCAAGUUGUAUAUACAUCUCAUUGUUCAUCAGCAAAAACAUAAAAAAACCACCAUGUAAAUAAACUAAGUUGUUGUUAAUGCUGUACUUUUCAGUAUGUAUACUGAAAACUGGGGACCAGUUACUCUUUAUGUGCUAGGGACUUUACAUGCAUUCUAUGUCACAUGUCACUUUGUCUCCAGCACAACCUUGCUUUAGGUACUAUAUAAUUUCUAUUUUAUAACUGAGGAAGCAUAAUCAAUGACACAGCCAGGAUUCUAACUCAGUAACUCACUCACUGUUCACAUUCCAUUUGUAUGAACUAAAGAAUGAUAAUGAAUUUUUUUAUAUUAGUUUUCAUUAAAAUGAAAGUUUUGCUAGAAGUUCCUUUAAUUUUGUUACAUGGUUUCUAAGUAAGUUUUAGAAGAAAGAGAAUUUUCUUUCUUUCCUUUUUUUUUUUUUUUUUUUUUUUGCCAGGUCUGCAGAUUUAUUAUCUGGGAAAGUAAUCCGCUGGUAUCUGUCUUACACUUUUUGGUCUGUAAUUAUUGGAAUGUAACAUUUGUAAGGGAUGGCAUGUCACGUGUGAAUUUCUGAUGUGGUUUAGAAGCUUUUAUACCUGAGAUGAAAAGUUCCCAAAUACAUGGACAAGUUGCUACUAUGAUGGCUAUUAGUAUCUGUAGAGUUUCCAUUCUCAGAUCUGAUGCUACUGGCCUUUGUGACUCAUUUACAAGGAAUUUUGGCUCUGACUGUAGCCUUCUGUUGCCAGGACUUGAUCAAGGGGAAGAUACUUUCUCCUCUCUGAAAGGAUUUACCUCUAAGUCUCUACCAAAGUACACUACCUGCCUUUCUGUGAAUAAUAGUAACUAUUUAAUGAACAUGCUAGAUGAUUUAGAUGUAUUACCUAAUUUGAUCUUCAGGAUAAAUCUGACAGAGGAAAGGCUAUCCUUGUUUCAUAAAUGAGGAGACUGAAGCCCACAGAGGUAAAGUCAGUAUCUUGCCUAGAUAAAAAUGGCUGUGUGCUGAAGCUGGCAUUUAACCUUGGGUCUCUCUGGUGCUGAAGAUUGACAUUCUUAACCCUGUUAUGUGUUGGUAUUUGUGUUAGGACUGCCAGCAGCCAGGAAGGUUGAGAUGGGUGGUUAAGAAUGGUCAUCGUGGAGGCUACCCUGUGCACAUGCAUCCUAGAACCUUUUAACUACCUUUGUGCUUUAUUCCAAGCCUGAGCCUGACUUAACAUGUAUGGUAAUAAAGCAACAGAAAGAUUCCCUAGGACUUCCAGUUCAAACUCCUAUCCCUAUGAUCGGAUCAGAGAUUGCAACUCUACAGAGUACAGUCUUUAUGGUUUUAGUUGGAUUUUGGUUAAAAAAACAUGCCCUUCUCAUCUCCAAAGAAAAAUACAUAUGGGAAAUGGCUAAGAGUUUAACCAAACUAUUUGGCAAUACAUAGGUCUUUAGAUACUGCUUUACAUAUAAAUAUAGGAGCAAAAUAUUGAAUGGAAUGGUCACUAAUGUUAAAAAACCAGGGAAUCUUGCAAAUAUACAUUCACACAGUGUCUCUUUAAAAAUUGUGUUUCCAUCAGCAAAACUGGUUUUUAAUGAACUUUUGAUCAGGAUGCCAGAAUGGUCUUAUUCUACUGAAAUAGUAUAGAAGUACACACCAUUGACUAAAGUGGAGUUAUCACUGGGGAACCUGGUGAUCAAUAAUAGACCUCUUUAGGAGAGUAGUACCUGGAAGAUGUGGUCUUUCUACAGAACAGCAGAUUGGGAACUGAGUAUACAAAAAAAUAAUGGCUACUGCUGUAAGCUCUUAUCAUCAUUUAGAGGUAAGAAAAUACUCCUGGUGAGUGAGGGAAAUGGAGACCCUAACCCAGCUCACCCACUCCUAUUCCCCUUUUUGUUUUUCUUGUUUCUUGUUUGCAGAUCUCCAGUUGAGACCCUGUGCUCUGAAUGUCAGGGUCACACUUAACUGUUUCUGAUGUCUCCAUUCAAUAUGAGACACCAGUGUGUUGGGGCUUUAGGGUCUUAAAAAGUAAGGUCAUCUGUAGGUUCUUCUUCAGCAAGUCUCUGGGGAGCUUAGAAUUGUAUAUAGAAAGAUGCUCUCCAGUUUAAUUUCUUAUUUAUUUAUUUAUUCAUUUAUUCAUUCAUUUAUUUAUUUAUUUAUUUUUCAUGGGAGACAGAGAUUGGCAGAGACAUAGGCAGAGGGAGAAGCAGGCUCUUCGCAGAGAAUCCCAUGUGGGACUCGAUCCCAGAUCCCGGGAUCACGUCUUGAGCUGAAGGCAGACGCCCAACCGCUGAGCCCCAGGCGUCCCUCCAGUUCAACUUCUUAUUAGGCAACUUUGGGAUAUAAUAAUCUGUGCUGAAUUCCAGAAAGCACUACCCACCAGCUUUCCUGCUUCUGUGUCAUCACAUUAUUAGGAGUUCUCUUGUUUCAGCUGACUGAACAGGGUUACAGGGCAGGAGAUGAAAUUGGGAAAGAGGCCCCUACUUGCGCAGUUGCUGCAGAAAGUAGGGAAGGCUAUCUUAGAAGGACUUGGACAGAAUAGGGCUGACAUAAAAGACGGAAGCUGCCAUGCUUUCCUUUGCUCCUACAACAGUAUGGGGGAAGGUGAGAAUUUAUGCCAUAAAUGCUGUUUUGUACCUCAGUAUGGGAAGUCACCUUUCCAGAUGAGGCUUCCUUCACAAACUCAUGUUUUACAUUUUUAUUUUCCAGAUUUUGUAAGGUUAUGCCAAACCUCCACAAGAGAUGAGAAAAACAGUACUUUUAUUUUAUUUUUUUAUUUUUUAUUUUUUUUUACUUUUAUAAAAAUAUUAACAUACACAUGAGUGUAAUUAAAAUGCCCUUUGGUGUAAUACUCAUUGUUAAUGACUGGGAUGCAAAAGAAUUUAAAAAUUAAAAAAAAAAAAACUUUGUCAGUUACUGUGAAAGAGGCAUAUUUUCAGGUGUUGCCUUAUUGUGCACUUGCACUUAAAUACAUUUGCUGGAAAAGAAAAAAAAAAAACAUUUGCUGGGUGUAAUUCAAGCGUCUCUGAGCCCAAAAUGUUGGUCAGUCCACCAAUGAGAUCCAUGCUGUUUUUUUUUUUAAAUUUUUUCCAUGCUGUUUUUAUGAUGAUGGUUUUUUCACCUUUCUGUUGAUAGCGUUGACUGAUAGAGAUCGAUUUCACAGUUUGUCAUGAACUCAGAGAUAUUAGCUUAGUAUGUCAGUAUUAACAAAGUUAAUAUAGGGAUGAGAAAUGCUGAAAUUUAUUGUUGCGAACGUUGGUUCACUACUUUUUGCAGCAUGGAUGUUGACAUAGUGCGCAGGGUGAGAACUUUGUACUGAAGAAAUUGACUCUUGAACAAAUGUGGUUUCUGUUGUUGAUGCAUAGAUGAAAAGGUGUAUCAAACAAGUCCUUAAUGUGAUCGCCUGAAUAUCAGAGUGUAUUAACAGCCAUCAUUGAAACAAACAGCAUUAUUUCAGUAGAGUUCGGAUGUCAACAGUUUAUAACUAAGGAAGAUGUAGGAUUUAGUUGUUAAUCUCAAAGGAGUUGGACUCAAAAUAAUUGGCUAUUCACAUCUCCCCAUUUAACACAGAAAAUGACUAAUCCAGUAUAGAGGGAAUUAAAAUAAGUGAUACUUCACAGUUAAUCGUGUUUUGAGUUUUUGACUUCUGAGAUUCCAUAUAAUGGUCAUUGUUCUGAUGUCUGUAGAAUGUUACACAAUCUGAUACCAGAUUCUUCUCAAAGUAAUCUGUACAAGGUAGAUAAUAGCUUAUAUUUAAUUAAUCUAUUUUGAAUGUUAUCUUUAUACUAUUUCAGUAAUAAAGUGUUUUUGCUUUGACCAUCUGUUAAAAAUGUAA